CACCACUUCCAUGCGCCGACGGUUAUUUUCCGACAACACCGAAGAAAAUGGCUACUGCUGCGCAAAUUAAACUUCGUGGGCGCCCGGCGCAUACGGAGGGACCAACAUAUUGUACAUAUACCCCUGAUGGGAGCAAACUGGUUACUGUGGGAAGCAACAAUACUAUCCGUAUCUACACGUAUAUGAGCGAUGGCGAACCUACGAACAUUGAUGAUUGCCAGGAGCAGAAUCUGGGUGUCACUGCGGCGAAAGAUUUCUUCAUAGCCGGCUCUGAAGAUGGGACAGUUAGCAUGUACUCCAUGCUCACCAACGCCUUCGAUAAAUUCCUCGUCCGCUGCACAUUGCCAAUUCGAGAUGUCAAGCUCUCGCCGGACCAAAGCUGGGUUGCGGUAGCAAGUGACGAGCUCACCGUAAAGAUUGUGAAGGUCUCGGACCCGAAUACCUGCAUCUAUUUGAGAGACCAAGGGAAGCCCGUCAAGCAUUUGUCAUAUCACCCUAGCGGAAAAUACAUUGCACUGUCAUGCACAGAUGGAGUAGUGUAUAUUUACAAACUCUCGACCGAGGAACCGGAGCUUGUUACGAAAAUCGACGGUGUUAUCCGCAACGUUGACACGGACUCCGAAAUCAGCUCGAGGGUUGCAUGGCACCCCAAUGGCAUAGCAUUUGCUGCGCCUACAGCCACAAGAGAUAUCCAGAUAGUUUCGACAAGCGACUGGAAAGUGCAAGGAACAUUCACCAAUGGACAUAUGGGAGACGUCACAGCUUUGGCUUGGUCACCAAACGGAUCUAUACUUGCUACUGCCGGAAAGGAUAGAACGAUUCUGCUCUGGAACACUAAAUCCCAGAAAGUAAUCGCCAGGCAUGAUUAUGCCAACGUCAUGGACUUGGCCUGGCACCCGCGGCAUAAUCUGCUGUCAUUCUCCAAUACCGAUGGUGAGAUAUAUAUCCAUUAUGAUAUCGUACCCGAAGAGCAUGCCGGUCUGCUGGAACUCGGACUCCAACCUUCACCAGGAGAACGUACUGGCGCCCCACGCCUAGGAGAGAUUUCAUCAAAUAUCCAGAGGCAAAAUGGCCACUCCAAAACGGACAUGCCACUCCGCCCUUUCCGUGGAGGGACACCGGAUACUAUCGAUGACAUUCUGGGCUCUGUGAUGGGCGGUGACGAUGACUUUAUAGAAGACGACGACGGAGCUGGUUACGCCUCUGGACUGAACUAUAAUGGUAAACGGCCAGCGGGUAUACUGGACGACGAUGCCCACUGGGACAAGCGUCAAGCUAUUAGUUCUAUCUGGCAACCUCGCACACAUGCAGCAUUUCAACCAGGAGCUACGCCCUGGCAGGGCGACCGCAAGUACCUCUGCCUCAACCUCCUCGGGUUCGUCUGGACCGUCAACCAAGACACCCACCACACUGUGACCGUGGAGUUCUACGACCGCGACUUCCAGCGCGACUUUCACUUCACCGACACAUUCCUCUAUGACAAAGCGUGCCUCUCCACCCACGGAACGCUCUUCUCAGCACAACCCCACGACGAUGUCGACGCAACCCUCUUCUACCGCCCCCAUGAAACCUGGACAGAGCGUUCGGACUGGCGCACCACGCUCCCAAAAGGCGAGAGUAUCACCGCCAUCUCCCUCUCCGAAUCCUUCAUCACCGUCACCACAUCCGCAAACUACAUCCGCGUCUUCACCCUCUUCCUAACCCCCUACCGCGUCUACCGCCAGAAGUCCUCCCCAGCCGUCACCUGUGCCUCGUGGCGUGACUACGUCCUGACAAUGGGCAAUGGCCCCGUCGGCGCAGAUGGUAACACCACCCUCCUCUACAGCAUCGAUAACGUCAAGCGAGACGAAACAUGCCAGUCUGAGGAUGUGGUCGCCUUGCCCUCUGGAGCAACGGUGAAAUCGGUCUUCUUCUCCGACUCCGGCGACCCAUGCAUCUACGACUCAACUGGCACGCUUCUCACGCUGAUCCACUGGCGCACACCCUCGCAGGGGCGCUGGGUGCCUCUCCUCGACACCAAGCUAUUAGCGCGCCUUGCAUCAGGCCGCAAGACAGAGAGUUACUGGCCCGUGGCUGUCGCGGAUGGGAAAUUCCACUGUAUUAUUCUUAAGGGCCAGGAUACGCAUCCUUACUUCCCCAAGCCGCUGCUUUCUGAGUUCGACUUUGCGAUCCCGAUCUCGUCGCGCGUUGUGAACGAGGAGGAUGAGGAGGUUGCGAACGCGCAGACGGAGAAAGACAAGCUUGAGGAGUCGUUUGUGAGGAAUAACCUCCUUUCGAGCCUGUUGGGUGACUUGCUGGAGGCGACUCAUGCAACGCAUUCACAGCGCACGAAGCUGGCGAGAAGGGACGUGGAGGUCGAUAAGACGCUGUUGCAGUUGUUGGCGGUGGAGUGUAGGGAAGGAGAGGAGAGGGGUAUGAAAGCGCUUGAGUUGGUGGGCUUGAUGAAGGAUCAAACGGGGAGGAUGAUGGAGGCUGCGGUGAAGGUGGCUGAGAGGUAUGAGAGGAGGGUGUUGGGAGAGAAGAUCCGGGAAGUGGCUGAGAAAAGGUUGAGGGGAGAUGAUGAUGAGGAUAUGUAAUGUGCGAACCAUCUCAUCGACGGUGAGGGAUGGAGUUAGGGCGUAGGGUGCGGUUGCUUCUUCUACGCAUGAUGACUUUGUUGGGGUUAUUGAAUGAGUCUGGAUGCCUGUAGCGAGCGAGCAAGAGUAUUGAUGACCAAACUGAUAGAAAUAAUGAAACGGAUUUGAUAUCUACGAACUCG